GGGGUGAGUAAAAAAUGUUAGGGCGAUAAUGUAAAAUUAAGACUAAAGUUUAGUUCCUAUUUUACAGUUGGUGCUGUGGUGAUAAAAAACUUUAUCCCGUUUUCGUUUACUAUGUUUUGUUCUCGUUUUCGGUCCUUUCUCAUUUUCUAGUUAUUCCUUUUGGAUUUUGUGUUGUGUAAAUAUCUUAGAAGUGAAUAUCGAAUAUGGAUAGCCUGAAAAUGGAUAAACGCUGACGAAAGGUCUUUUAAAGUGACUAACUACGCUGGAACGUAGGGGUCAAUAUAUCGACUAGGAACGUAGAUGAAAAUGUACUCAACACUGCUGACCUACUACUGUCAUGUUUUGUUAUGACCUGAUGGAAUUGACAUCGAUUUUUUCCAACAAAUUUUUAAGGUUAUACAAGCAAUUAAACCAAUAUAGAUUCGGUGCAGUUGUCGUACCAUGUAGAUCAAAUAAAUAGUGAAAAUAAUGAUUAUUGUUGAAAAAAAUAGAAAAUAAAUUGUGUUCCUGUGCACGAAAAAUAAGAAGUCUGAAAAUUGUUACGAUGUUGCCUUGACGAUUAUAAUGGAUAACGAAAACAACAUUAUUUACCGGAUUUAGUCGAUAUGAUACGAAGAAAUAGAAAGGUGACCCCAACCGGUCGUCAUUGCCUGACUUACGAUGAAGAAUCUUGGAAACCAGCCUCUGACGACUCUAAAUCGAAUUCCAAAGAAAAUUCUCCGGAUUUGCCAAAAACAGAGAGCAGUAAACAAAGCAAGACGAAGCGAGUUAAAAAUUAUUUGAAAAAAUGUAAAAAUGCCUUGGGAAAUAAUAGAUCGUCAGCUGAUAUCACGACCAGCGUGGAAUAUUCAUCUUCGUCGUGGUACGUUGAGGAUCAUUUAAAUGAAGGGGAAGUGAAUGAAAUUCAAGAGGAUUUCCAAGAAGUUCGAUUGAUCGAUGAGGAAUUACGUAACAAGAAGGAGAAGGCUUUAGUCGUGGAAGUGACGGCUCCGAUUAGUAAAAGCUCUGAGGAGGGUAAAAGUUUUACUAAGGCGGAAAGUUCGGAGAGUUUAAGAUGGAUACAAAAUCGAAUUUUGGAUAAAGUGUCUUCUCCUCACUUGCCUGAAGUGCAAGAGAUGGUUGAGGGCGUUCAAGAAAAUAACACAUUUAUUUCUUCUGACGAUUCGACGAAAGAAGAGGAUGGUGGUAGUCGAUGUGGGGAUUUUGACGGAUUAGAGACGAAACGUGAUUUGGUUUAUUUGGUCGAUAAAUAUUUUGGAAAUCUCUACGACAACUACACGGGUACAAGAGACCUCAUUGUUCGUCAAGUAAGAAACCGUCUUGUAUGCGAUUAUGAAGGUUGUUUACAAAAAUUCGAGGAUAAUUUUUGCGUACCAGCAGCGAUUCUCCUCCAAGAAGUUAAGAAGAAAAAUGCAAGUGAUAACUCUCCGAGCGGUUGGCCAUUGAGUUUAGGCACCUCCGCCAUAGUUAUCCAUUUGGAUAACAUAGAUCCUACGAGACUUCGCAACCAAGAUUGCUAUGUCUGCAUCCGAGAAUCAAACGGAUCUGGCGGACAAGAGCUGGUGCUGAUUUGGCGAACGUUGGAUAACAUCAACAGUUAUAAAUUAGCCGAGUGCGAAGACGGCGUAGCGAAGAUGUGCUCAAAAAUCGCCACAGCCGUUGAUUUGGAAUCGUACGUUACCUCGGACGAUCAUUGGGGCUCCCGCCAACUUCAAAUGCUCCAAAAUCUUUUGGUGACCAUCGAUUUUGUUGUUCAUAGAGUCCCUUUGGAUGACCUUACCUUCCCGUGUCCUCAGUGCCACCAAUACAGUCCUUUAGAGUUCGGUCGCUCUGAGGAAAGUGUCGAGUGUUCGAGUCUUCCUUGUGCCUGUCAGUGUACGUGUCGUUUCGUGGAUUCAGGUGUUUCUAAGAAGGACUCUUCAAUACAAACCAGCCCUACUUUUGAAAUGGUCGGUGGAAUUCCACACAUAGACAGCGACGAGGAUGAAGAAAAAAGUUCAUCAUUCAAAUCAGGAACAUCAACUAGACGUUCUAUCGAUGUAGGAAAACCUCGAAGGAUAGCAGAUUUACCAGAAAAUUUGCUUAUGUCAGGAAUUAAUUUACCAGGAACAACAGAUCUAAAUGGAAGACCAAUUAUUUUAUGUUCAGCCGAAUGUAUAUCAAGAGCGAAUUGGAAUAAAUAUGAAAUCGCCAAACUCCUUCUUUAUUACGCUUCGGUUGCAAGUUCUGAAAGAUCAACGAAAGGUUUCACAAUUUUAUUACUAUCCGAAACUGAAGACUACAACAAAGCUUUAGAACUUCUCGAUAAAGCGGCCAUUAUAUUGGGAAACCACGUAAAAAUCUCGCAAACUUUAGUAUGGAGGCCGGGGGUAGAACGUCAGUAUUUCUCAUCUAGUCGCAACCAGGUGGUUGUCUUAUCAGACGAAGAAUCCAUGUCGAAAUACAUCAGUAAGGAUCAGGCUCCGGCCAUUUGCGGUGGAAAUUACAAUCACGAUCAAUUGGAAUGGGUGGAAUUUUUCAAACAAUUAGAACCUUUUUUGGAAACUUGUAGAUUAGCUGGAAGAGCUUUACUUUCGGUGUUAUCACAUUUGAGGAACGAUUCUAGACCUGUUGUAAUAACCAGACGAUCAUUAAAUCAUCAAACAAGGCUCAUCCAUAACGCUAUUCAGUUGGAAGCCGUCCAAGAACUCCGUCGAGACGGUCACGCGACCCUCACAAGCCUAGAAGAGAGGACGCAAUGGUUGUCCGGAAGUAUGGAUGUCCAAAAGGCCGCCACGUUCGCCGCUGAAUCUUUUUCGAGCGUGAACAGGGUAGUGAAAAGGCUCGAACAACUCUCGCAAGAGCGGAAAGAAAGGAUCAAAGAACUGGAGAAGAUAAGGUCCCUAGAGAAGGAGAUCGGGGAGGUUCUUGCCUGGCUGAGAAAUGUGGGUGAAGAAUCCUUACGGAUGCAAAGGAUUAUACUUAGGUCGGCAGGAGAUGUAGCUACAAUUAAAAUUGCUGAGAAGGAUUUCGAAAAAUUUUACUUUGACGCCAUGAGACAAUUAGAAAAAGGUCACGACUUAAUUGAAGAAGCUGCCAACGUUCCUGAUCCUAAAACAAAAUACGUUAUCGAAGGGAUGCAAAACCUUAGAGUGUUCAUAAGAUCUUUUAGUGAAAGACUAGAAGAAACUAGGGAAAGUUUGGAAGAUUGUUCUAGGUGUUUUCAGUUACUAGAAUCCUGUAGUGAUAUUUUAGAAGACGACAAUAAAGAACAAGAAGAAUUUAAAAGAAUGGCUUUUAAGUCGGGUAACGAAAAAUUAAUUCAUAUUUGCAAAAACGUUGCAAGCUGUGAGGCGCUUGAAUCACUAAAACCAUCCGAUAAAUUAGAUCAAAGACAAGAAAUUGAAGUUAACGCCACUAGUACCCCCAUAAAAUCUCAAAACACCCAAAUUCGAAGACGAUCCGUUAGUUCUUUAGCAUUCAUUUACAAAUGUAAUCAUCACGCCGCUGGGGUUUCUUGUAAUUGUUGCGAAUCUGAUAUGGAAAACACUGUGUCUUAUAAAUUAAAAAAGAAAUACAUGCAAACUUUACAAAAUUGUCCAUGUAAAGAAAGUUUGGAAAGAAAAAACAGUGCAACAUUAGAUGGUAUUAAAGAAGUUCGAGAAAGCGUCGAGAAUAUUUUGGAAAAAUUAGAUAAAGAAGAUAGAUGCGGUCGCUGUGAUAGUGGAGUCUCCACCGCUGAAAACUCCGUUGGGGAUGAAAGCAUUUACAAGAAAAAAUUGGAAAGGAGCUGUUCUUGUCAAUAUUUUAGGGAAAGUUGCGCCCUUUGUAGUACGAAUAGUUCUAGUACAGGAUCUAAUCAAGAUCACACAGAACACCAACAAGAUAGUAUUAUUGAAGAGUGCAGUGAUGGAUUUGUAAAAAGUGGAAGCGAUGAUAUCGAGGAGGAACACUUUGCUGAAGAAAGGAGAAAAGUGCCUCCAGUUCCGUCCAAUAGCCACCUUCACUGCCACUCCUCCACGUUACAUCUUCCUAUGGAUGGAUUCGAUCAAACGGAUGAUCCAAAAACGCAAAAGACUCUGUUGUAUAUAAUGCGAGAAAUGAUUCAAACCGAACAAGACUAUGUAAAAUCCCUCGACUAUGUGAUAGAAAAUUAUAUCCCCGAAUUACUUCGAGAAGAUAUUCCCCAAGCUUUAAGAGGUCAAAGGAACGUCGUCUUUGGAAAUAUCGAGAAAAUUUACGAAUUUCACAGUCAACACUUUCUCAGAGAACUCGAGCAAUGCGAAAGACAUCCUUUGAACGUCGGUCAAAUCUUUUUGAAAUAUGAUAAGAAAUUUUAUUUGUACGCACUCUAUAACAAGAAUAAACCAAAAUCGGAUUCUUUAAUGUCCGAAUAUGGAAGUACUUUUUUCAAGAGUAAACAAAUUCAACUUGGUGAUAAAAUGGAUUUAGCAAGUUAUUUGUUAAAACCUGUUCAACGAAUGGGAAAGUACGCCUUACUUUUACAACAAUUAAUGAAAGCGUGUCCUGAGUUACCACCUGGAGCUUCUGAAAGAGCCAUCGCUGAACAAGAUGAUUUAAAACAAGCGGAGCAAAUGGUUCGUUUUCAAUUAAGACACGGAAACGAUUUACUUGCAAUGGAUUCAAUAAGAGAAUGUGACGUAAAUCUCAAGGAGCAAGGUAGAUUAUUACGACAAAACGAAUUUAUUGUUUGGGAGGGAAAGACUGGAAAGAAAAGCCUCAGACAGGUGUUUUUGUUUGAGGACUUAAUACUGUUUAGUAAAGCUAGAAGGUUUCCUGAUAGAAAGAACCUUGAUUUGUACAUAUAUAAAAACAGUAUAAAAUGUACCGACAUAGGAUUAACUGCGCGUAUAGGUGAAAGUUCGACAAAAUUUGAAAUAUGGUUUCGAAAAAGAAAACCAAACGAUACUUAUACUUUACAAUCGAAUUCCGAGGAUAUUAAAAAAGCUUGGUCUGAAGAAUUAUCGCAAUUACUUUGGAAACAAGCGAUUAGAAAUAGAGAAGUAAGAAUGGCAGAAAUGUCUUCUAUGGGUAUUGGAAAUAAGCCAUGUUUAGAUAUAAGACCAAGUGCGGACCAAAUAAACGAUCGUUCAAUUAGUGUUGCUCAGUUAUGUAGAAAAAUUUUAGCUGCGCCAAGAUUUAGAAGUUCUGUAUCUGGAUCUGGAACAGAUUCUUGUAGAAGUUCAAAACGACCACACUCUGUAAUAUCAAUGUCUAGUGUAUCAACAAGCAGCAGUUCAGGGAGUUCAGCAGCUUCGAAUAGUACAGCAGUGAGUCCAGGGGCUUUGCUAUCGACUUCUUUCGAUUCAUGUCCCAGUCCAAAACCUUACCAUAGAUCAGGAACACUCAACAGUCAAUGUUCAACAGAGAGCGGAAUCAUCGCAGACAUUUCCUUAGGUCCGGAUGAUUUAUCGAACGAGAACCAACACAAUUUACAUUGGCCAUUGGAGAAGUCCAAUUCUCAACAUUCGAGCGUUUCGCAAAAAUCGGAUGACACGCAAAUUCCGAAUUACGCAGAGGACACGACGAUUAACGUUUAAGAAAUAACACGAACUAUAAAUAUACGCUUUUCGAAUUUUUUGAUACGCCCAUUUUAGCGAAUUGUACAUACGAUUUAUAUAUAAAUAUAUAUAUAUGCAGAGUC